GUGCCAACAUGGCUGUAGACGCGCUCGGUCUGAAUGGCGAACCGUACGGAGACCUCCGAGAGGCGAUGCCGUACAAGGACCCCGACUCAGUGAAGCUUUUCAUCGGCCAAGUACCGCGUUCGUUUACCGAAUCCGACUUGCGCCCCUUUGUGGAAGAGUUCGGACCGAUACACGAGCUGUCCAUCCUGAGAGACAAAUCGACAGGGGAAUCGAAAGGUUGUGCGUUUCUCACGUACUGCAGUCGAGACAGUGCGAUCAAAGCUCAGACGUGUCUGCACGAUCGGAAGACGCUGCCGGGGGGUAAUCAUGCGAUGCAAGUCAGACCGGCUGACUCACUGAAGAAAGGUGAGAGCGGACGUGACUGGGCGACCACCACAUAUGCCUCACCGAUGUAUUAUGAUGGUAUCUUGAGAUCAAAUGAACCGAAGCUUUUCAUUGGCAUGUUGUCUCGUACUGCCGGCGAAGAUGAAGUCCGUCAUAUGUGUCGUCCAUACGGUAGCAUCGAAUCGGUCACUGUGCUAAGAGACGGCCAAGGCAAAAGCAAAGGUUGUGCAUUUUUAACAUUCGGUACUCGUGCAGAAGCUAUUCGAGCAAUCAGUGCACUUAAUCACAGUACAACUAUGGAGGGUUGUAAUUCUCCACUUGUUGUCAAGUUUGCUGACACGGAAAAGGAGCGGCAGCAGAAGAGGAUGCGGGACGGUGGUAUGGCAGCUCCGUCUGCAUUAGGGAUGGGCAUGGCGAUUCCAGGUGGAGUGUUUGGACCGUACGGCGCUGCCGCAUAUCAACAGCAGUUGCUGCAGAUGAAUCCGGCUCUUGCUCUGAGCAUGCUUGGUGGAAAUGCCGGGCUAGGACUGGCGUCGCUAUCAGCUUCUCUUGCAGCGCAACAACAGCAGCAGCAAAUUGGGCAGCCGCAACAACCACAAGUGCAGCAGCAGCAGCCAUUGACGAGCAUUGCCGGGCAGCAAGUACAGAGAGGACAGCCAGCUGUUGGCACAAUGGGUAGUGUAAUGAGUGGCACGAUGGGUGGAAUGACCAGUAGUAUGAGUAGUGUGCCCGGUGCAGCCUCAGUGACCGGCGUGGGAACCAUGGCUGGCCUAGGCAACAUUGCCGGAAUGGGAAACGUGGCCGGCAUGACUGGAAUGGGAUUAGGAGGUGACUUGUUUACAGGCAUGACAAGUCCUGCCGCCGCCACAAGUGGUGUCACACCCGAGGCUCUCAGUCAGGCAUUUGGAGGAAUGGGCCAGUUUGGUGCAUUUCAGGGAGGCUUUCAACCCGUUUUUCAACAAUUCAAUCGGAUUCCACAAAAGGAAGGACCAGACGGUUCGAAUCUGUUUAUCUAUCAUCUACCGCAGGAGUGGGGCGACUUGGACUUGUUUCAGUUAUUUAUGAAUUACGGCAAUGUCGUCAGCGCGAAAGUUUUCGUCGAUAAGAACACACAACUCAGCAAGUGUUUCGGCUUCGUAAGCUACGACAACCCGGUGUCGGCCGCCACCGCCAUCCAAGCCCUCAAUGGAUUCCAGAUUAAUCAGAAGCGUUUAAAGGUUCAACUGAAGAGACCGAAAGACGCGAAUAAGCCCUACUAACAGGUUUGUGGGUGUCGUCGUCGAGAGUCUGGAGGACGAGGAUGCGGUCGGUGAGAGGAGUGAGAUGAGGUGCUGGGAGGAUUCAGCGUGAGUGACCAUGUAUGUGAACGUAGAUUGGUGAGAGGAGUGGGAUGACGUGGUCGGUGGGAGGAGUGGGAUGAUGUGGUUAGAGGGUUUGGUGUGUGACCAGUGAGUGAAUGUAGACAGGUUGGUUGGUUGGUGGGUUGAGCACUCGGGUAAUGGACGAGCAAGUGAAUGACAACAUAGGAGCUCAAUUGUCCCACCAACAGUCAAUCAGUGCAUUGAUAUCAAUAGAAUGUGCAUGUGUGGUCGUUGAUUUCAAAAGGUCAUAGCCAGCCUGUGACAAUAUUAGAAAAUUUUUGUUAAGUAAUUAAUCGUUUAAUGUUAACUGUGUGUCUACAGUGUUGGAAAUCAGUGAGUGUUGUUUAGAUAUGGCAUUACUAAAAUUUUACUAUACACAAGUGUAUGUGUGAUAGAAUUUUGUGGACGUGUCAGCACGUGGUCAAAGCAUGUGAACUAGUCGGGCGCGCGAGGAGAGGACUGGGUGUGCAAAGUCAUGGCCAGGAGACCGGUGUGCGGACUUCGUUAGAUAAAUAGGCUCUAAAACUAGUACGCAGCAGCGGUUUUCUAAAUAUUUUUUUGUUAUGACACGUGAGAGGUAGAUAAGCUAGUUGUUGCGUCUGACCUCUACACAACAGUCCGUCAGACCAGGAGGUGGACGUCGAUGUGCCAUAUGUGUUGCCAGACAUGUGUGCGUUCGUGGGUGUUAGUACGAUGUCUGGCAAGAUGCCGCGUGUUCAAGUGUCGGUACAGAC